GAGGCAAACAGAGCUAGUUGGAGCACAAUAUUGAAAACCAUGGGCGUUUGCGUACAAUGAACUUAAAACAAAUUGCAGCUGAGAAGAACAUUCCACACGAAAUAUAAAUACUAGUAGCAAUCACAGAGAAGAACAUCGCCAGCUGAGCUCUGUAGUCUUCAUUUUCCGAUUGUGCUCCUUCUUCCCAUGGCUUCCUCCACCGUUAACCGAUGGCUGAGGCCCGAGGUGUAUCCACUAUUUGCAGCCGUAGGAGUAGCUGUUGGGAUUUGUGGGUUUCAAUUGGUUCGCAAUGUCUGUAUCAAUCCUGAAGUUCGAGAUAAAAAGAGAAACAGGGCAGCAGGAGUGUUGGAGAACUUUUCAGAAGGGGAGAAAUAUGCAGAACACACUCUGAGGAAGUUCGUUCGUAACAGGUCUCCAGAGAUCAUGCCAUCUAUCAAUGGCUUCUUCAGCGACCCCAAGUGAUAGCCAAAUUUAAGCCUAAGUUUAUUGUUUGUUUAUGAUCAACUAAUUUCAAUUGUAUUACUAUUUGAUCAUCUAAUUCCAAUUGUGUCACUUCUUAUGGCUUACUCCUUUAUUUUUAAUGCAUGGUCCUUUCGACU